CAAUUAUCAAGCUCACCUCCAUUCUCUCAAAACACCAAUAAAGAGAUGGGGUACUCAGAGGUAGUCUGCCACCUCUGCGGCGUCUCCUUUAGCAUAGCUCGUAUUCGCUGCGUCGGCGAGCCGAAGGAAGCAGCAUGGCAAUCUUCAAAUGAAGUAGCGAGCGAGGGGACGUUCGUCAGUGGUGAGAUGGCUUCUUCACGUGCUUGCUCCUCAGGGACAGGUUGUUGUGUGACCAUGAGGAGUGAGAGGCGGGAACACUGGGAGGGGGUGUGGGUGAAGGAUGUUGCUUUUGCGUUUGGGGAAGGGUAUGUUGAGGAGGAGGAUGGUGAUUAUGAGGAUGAAGAGGGGAGUGAGGAUGAUGAGCCGCUGGAAUAUGGCUCGAGGGACGAGCUGAGUGAUAUGGAGAUCCAUGAGCUAUCUGGGAAUUGCGAUGAGGAAUCCCCCUGCGAAGACUACCUAACUCUCCUCCGCGCCCUGAUGCCAUUGGAGGUUAAACCUCUUGGCCAGGAAAUGUUCUACCUCAUCGACAACUCAGCAGGCCUCCUCUUCGAGUCCUCUAUCUGGGAACGCGAAAAGUCGAAAUUCGGACCAGAGCAAGAAUUUUCUCCGGUAGGACUUGAGCACAUUGCAAGCGCCACGUGCCUCGACGAUAGGGGAUACAACGGGCACAACAUCUGCGCAUCAGAGAUGAAAGGAUGUACCACCUACCAAUGUCUUGCUUUCAAGAAACAUCACUGGACUCCCGAAUCCGACGAUCAGGUAUGGGAGGGGACGAGUGAGGUCUUUUUGACUGGGGUUGGAGAUAUGUUUCCGAGUAGGGAUAUGGAAUGCCCCACGGUUUGGCCAAAGAGACAUGGGUGGGAUCAGGAAGAAGCUGAUACGUAUUACUUUCCUCAAAGGCAUAAUAGUCAGAGGGACGUUGCAAUGCCUUUCCACCCCGCUUGCUUCGACAUCUUUACUCGUCUCUCACUCCACCACCUAGGGAGGAUAGAUAUCCACGGCUUGAUCUCGUGGCGAAAUAUCCAGUUCUCGGAUGUGGAUAUUAUGGAAAGGGGGGUGUUUUCGAGUGAUCCGAAUGUUAAAAGUGCGGCUCAGCAGUUUUGGGCACACCGAACGGGCGACGAAUACUUGGCUGCUAACCCACUGUAUAUACCUGGUCUGAUCCCCAUCCUCGAGUCUGCAGUCGCGACAGACUCAAGCUUUAGUCCACGAAGCUCGGCGUUUGCCCCUCUGCCUUCCCAACCCCUGGACCAGAGAGGAAAAACAGCGAAGAAGGACCCGUUCCUCACCCUCCCGCAAGAGAUGAGGGAACACGUUGUUGAUUAUCUGGACUCGAAGGAAAUUGCAGCUUUGAGACUUGCCAGUAGAGCGUUCCAUGACUUGCCGAUGAGUCUUUGGUAUACUUUGCUGAGGAGGGAGAUGCCUUGGCUGUGGGAGGUGUACAGUGAGCAUACGCCGAAUCUCUGGACGGCGGUUGAAGCCGUGGAUCUCAAACGAGAAAUUAAAGAAAGGGAAGAAUACGAAAAUUACAAAGCGGUCAGGAGGCACAUUGUCAAGGAAGAGAUACCGGAGGCGCUAGAGGAGUGGGAGAAACAGCAACCGAAGUUUGUGGGGAUGGACGCGAAGGAGAAAGCGCAGAGGAGGGCUGAGAGUGUGGGGAGGAUGUUGGGGAGGGAGUACACGAAUUGGCAUUUGCUCUACAAGGAGAUUAAGAAGGCGAAGUUGAAGUGGUUGAGGAAUAGGAAGAGGAUUUGGGGAGAUGUUGGUUCGAUUCUGGACCAAAUUUCGAGGUUGAGGAAAGAGGAGAUGAUCGUAGACUAA